AUGAGUGUUCGCCGGAUAAGUAAAAAGUUCAGUGUUCAGUCUGUGGAGGCCUCAGAACUGAAAGGUGCAAAGUUGUCACUCUUGGGAGAGUCUACUGAGGCAUAUGCUGGGAUUCCGACGGAAGUUGUUGAUGAAGAUAUCGAAGCUGAAGAUGAAGACAAUACACAACUCAAUCUUUUCGAGGAAGAUGAUAAGACAUUACCUCCGAUGAGCAACUGGUUUGGUAAGCUCGCGGCUUACACUGGUGGAAUAGAGCCAACUGUAGGCGAAACUAAACAACUGAAAGAAAAACAAACGAAGUCAUGUGAUAACAAACGUUUGGGAACUAUAUUGGGUGUGUUUCUACCAUGCUGUCAAAAUAUAUUUGGCAUCCUAUUAUUUGUUCGAGUUGGGUGGAUUACAGGCGUAGCAGGCGCGUUUCAAACGUUCCUGAUAGUGUUUCUGUGUUGUAGCUGCACUAUGCUCACUGCUUUAAGUAUGUCUGCAAUUGCAACAAAUGGGAAAGUUCCUGCUGGUGGAUCGUAUUUCAUGAUAUCACGUUCGAUUGGUCCCGCUUUUGGUGGAGCAGUUGGUAUACUUUUUUAUCUUGGUACUACAAUAGCAUCUGCCAUGUAUCUAGUAGGAGCUGUGGAAGUGUUUCUUAAAUAUAUAUUUCCUCAGGCAUCGUUAUUUGGAGACAUUACAUCAGAUGCUGCGCUAUUUAACAAUACACGUGUUUAUGGUACAAUACUUUUGUUUACUGUUAUGUGUUGUGUGUUCAUGGGCAUUCGUUUUGUUAGCCGAUUUGCUGCUGUCAGUUUGGCUGCUGUUUUGAUAUCAAUUUUAUGCGUGUAUUUAGGAGUUUUUACAGUGAAUCCAUCCAGAAGUCCUUAUGUUUGUGCAUUGGGUGGACGAUUAUUAAGUCAAGAUUUUAUCACUGUCAACGGUACUGCACAAUGUCAUAAAAAUACCACAGGUCCUAUUUAUGAAGCAUAUUGUAAUAAUCGUGAAAUAGCAACAGAGGAAUCAUGUGCAUUUUUUAACGCUAACAAUAUCAGUUAUUUUCCUGCUAUGCCUGGUUUAACUUCAAAGAAAUUUUUCGAAAACUUUUUUGAAUCACAUUACCGUGAAAAGGGGGAGGCAUAUGAUAGUAUUGAUUUUCCGGCUGAUCGUAAAUAUGGUCAAGGUCCAAAUAUAGCAGAUGUUACAUCAAGUUUUAUGCUUCUCUUGGGUAUUUACUUUCCCUCUGUCACUGGCAUCAUGGCUGGUUCUAAUCGAUCGGGCGAUUUGACGAAUCCUCAGAAAUCUAUUCCAUUGGGAACUAUAUUGGCUAUAACUAUGACGUCGCUUGUAUAUUUAUCAUCACCUUUAUUGUUUGCUGCAAUCUGUGAUGGCUCUGUUAUGAGAGAUAAAUUCGGUGAAAGUUAUGGUGGUAUAUUGUUGGUCGCUGCAUUUGCAUGGCCACAUUUUUGGGUUAUUUUGAUUGGAUCAUGUUUAUCAACAAUUGGAGCUGGUUUACAAUCAUUAACUGGAGCACCAAGACUUCUACAGGCCAUUGCUCAAGACAAUGUUAUGCCAUUCUUGGAUGUAUUCAAAGUGAUUACAAAACGUGGUGAACCAUUACGUGCACAACUACUCUGUUAUGGUAUUGCACAACUGGGUAUACUAAUUGCUUCAAUAGAUCAUCUAACUCCUCUGAUAACCAUGUUCUUCUUGAUGUGUUAUGGUUUUGUAAAUUUGGCUUCAAUGCUUAAUGGAUUCUUGAAAGAGCCCAGUUGGCGUCCAAGAUUUCGGUUCUACCAUUGGUUCCUCUCAUUUGUCGGAUUAUGUCUAUGUAUUGCGUUAAUGUUUAUAUCUAGUUGGUAUUACACUAUUGUCGCUUGGGCGUUAGCGUUUGCUAUUUACAAAUAUAUUGAAUUUAGAGGUGCGUCUAAAGAAUGGGGUGAUGCUACAAGAGGUUUACAAAUGUCCACAGCAAGACAAGCUAUUUUAAAACUUGGUAAUAAACCAAUUCAUACAAAAAAUUGGCGACCACAAAUUUUAGUUUAUUUACCAUUGGAUGAAAAUUUUCAAGCACGUCAUGAUCGUCUAUUGGAUUUAGUUUAUCAAUUAAAAGCUGGACAUGGUUUAACAUUGGUGGCAUCGAUUUUAGAAGGUGAUAUUAUUGAUAGACGUAAUGAUAUGAUUGCUGUUAAAGCUCACUUAAGUGAUCUUAUUCAACAGCAUCGUAUUAAAGGUUUAGCUGAAGUACUUGUCGCUUCUACUAUUGAUGAAGGCAUGAAAAAUAUGGCACAGUGUGCUGGUCUUGGGAAUUUACGUCACAAUACACUUAUGGUGUCAUAUCCUGAAGAUUGGCGAGUCGAUUGUAAAAGUAGCGGAAGUAAAUUGUCGAAAUUUAUAUCGACUUUGAGAGCUGCACAAGCAUGUGAUAUAGCAAUGCUAGUGCCUAAGGGAAUAGAUUCGUUUCCUUUGAGCAAAGGAAACCAAAUGAUUGGAAAUGUUGAUGUUUGGUGCAUUGUACAUGAUGGUGGUCUGCUACUGUUAACGUCAUAUUUGUUAAUGCGUAAUCGUGUAUGGCGUAAAUGCCAUUUACGCAUUUUUGUGGUGGCUACUGAAGAUGAUGAUAUUGUGAAUCUGAAGAAGGAUAUGACCAAGUUCAUGUACGACUUGAGAAUUAAUGCUUCUGUGGAAGUAGUAGCAAUGAGUACUGCUGAUAUAUCAGCUUAUGUCACUCAACGAACAGCUAGUAUUGAACAACGUCGUGCACUUCUCAUGCAAAUGAAAAUAUCCAAUGUUGAAGCACGUUGUGAUCCUCAACUUAUUGUUGACCAACAUCGUAAACCUAGUUCAGUUGAUAUUAAUCCAACAGAUAUCAUCAAAUCGAAUUGUUCCAUUGAUUCUCAUAAACUUUUACCGGCUAUAUCAGCAACAUCAACUGAAAGUUCAGAUCAGUCACCUGAUCAUGCAACAAAUGUAACAAACACCAGUAGUAGCGAUUCUGCUUCCAAAGAAGAUACGAAACCAUCAAAUAUGAAACCAGAUACUGAAUCGAAUAAUAAUUCUAUUUCAAAUCAUUCACAUCAUUGUACUGUAUCAUUUGCAACUGGUUCAAGUGUUGCAGUUAGUGAAUCUGACAAAUCUACUAAUCCCAAAGAAAAUGAUACAAAUUCAGAAUUGAAUCGUGGUAUUAAUGAAUUUACUUUUUCACCUUCAAAUCCACUGACUAAGUUAGUUCAAAAAGCUGCAAAAGAAGCAGGUUCUAAAGAAGAGCAUUUAUUGAAUAAAGCGCAUCCAGGAAAAAUAACUAGAACUCAGCGUCGCUUACACUGUGCUGUACGUUUAAAUGAAUUAUUACGCACUCACUCAAGUGAAUCAGACUUAGUCAUUGUGAAUAUGCCUGGACCAUCACGUACUUUAGGGAGUGAAUAUUAUUAUAUGGAUUAUAUUGAAACAUUGACAGAUGGCUUAUCACGUAUAUUAUUGGUACGUGGAACAGGACGUGAAGUAAUCACUGCAUUUUCUGAAUAA